AACUGACAUCGGGAGCAUAGGAGCGGUUGGAUACGACGAUCCGCGGAAUGGUGUACCGGGACUCUUACGGGGCUACCGUGGUAUUGCACUUCUGAAAACAUGGCGUCGUCGUCGUCGUUCGCCCGAGGGGCAUAGCGCGUCAUCGGAUAGUUUCCUGGCACACGGUGGUGGUGGUGGUAGUGGUGGUGGUGCGUCACACACCGACGCACACCGAGAGCCGAACCUCCACCACCGACGGAGUCGGGCGAACGAUUUCCGCGGACGUCGCGAGGAGCGGCUCGGCGGAGGUGCGCGCGCAGCCGCUGCGCGCGUCACGUGACCGGUGGUGGGGGUCCGGCGGAUCCGAUUGGCCGAGCGCGCCUCCCCCCACUCAUCGGUCGAGGGAACAAAGAGACGAGGCUACUUCCUAGCCGCGGCGGCCGCUGUCGUUUAGAAAGUCGUCGGUAGUCAAAGGGUGCGGUUCGCGAGUUCGGAGGGUCGGUCCCUUGCCGUGCAAAUAGAUUGAUUAGAUGUGUCCGUCUGGUUUCUAAAAAUAAAGGAAAACACGAUAAUUAACGAACGGUGACAGAGAGAGGAUAGAAAGUUGUUUUUUUUUUUUGGUUACAUCGUGCGCUACCUUGUGUCCCUUGCUGUGUAUAUUGUAGCCAGUGGUUUUUUAGCGGCAGGGAAGUAAGAGUAUUCGUCGAAAGAAAAAAAAAUAAAUAAAUAAAUAAAAAUAAAAAUAAACUAGGAGAACGGGAAGAAGUAGAAGAGAAGAAAAACGGAUCGCCGAGAGAAUAUUUCGGCAAAAAUCGAUAUUUGGCUAGCGUCGUUUUUUACGGAUUGCGAUAGAAAUUUUUCGUCGCUCUCAAACCGCCGUUAGACUUUCCAAUUCGUCGUCGAGCUCCGGCCAACGAUCGUCCCCUAUCCCCCGAUUGAACUGAAAUCCGCCAGAGCGUCACCUGCGCCAUUUUGAAGCUCUAUUUGUUUUGAAAGUUCCGUGGCCCCGUGGAGUGUGUGCCAGGAGGAUCAUCGAUCGGUGCCCGAAGUUAAACGCGCGCAAGUUCCACAACGCGUUACCGAGCGGCGGAACCAGAAUAACCAGUAGAGGCAACAAAAUAAGGAAAAAAAGGAAGAGGAAAAAAAAAACCACCACAACCACCACCACCACCGCGCCGCAGCUUAUCGUUUCGAUCAAUCUUUUCGAUUAAAAAUCGUCAAAACGUCGGCCAAACUGAACGAUCCGUCUGGCUCUAACGAAACGGCAUCACCAUGAGGUUAGAAAUCGUGUCCGCGGCGGACUUUCUCGUGCAUUUACUGAGGCUCCAGGCCGGCCAACUGUCGGAACGCCAACUUCAGAUGUUCAAGUCGUCGCUAUCGGAGGUACUGCGACGCCGUUACAGGGACCACUGGUUCCCGGAUCGGCCGAAUCGCGGUUCGGGGUACCGUUGUCUCCGCAUAAACGGUAAAAUGGAUCCGGUGAUCGCCCAAGCCGGCGCGAACGUCGGUCUACUGCCAACGGUACUCCACAAUCUGUUCCCCACCGAACUUACGAUGUGGAUCGAUCCGGCCGAGGUCUCCUACAGGAUCGGUGAGAACGGCUCGAUCUGCGUCCUUUACGAGAGGACGGAACCCGAUCCCGAGGAGGCGCAACAGUUCGAGACCUGCAAGGACUCGUUAUUCAUGGAACACACGCAAUUCAGCGAGCAGAUAGCGGCGUUCGUGUCAAGUUGAGCCACUCGCCUUCGUCGUUAAGAACAAGUUCAGCCCCCCCCCAUCCAUCCCCCCGUUCCCCCCGUCCCCCGAUCCCCCCAUCUCAUCUCGCACCCUCCCCGAAGCCCCACCACGAGAUAAACACGAAGCAAACCAGCCGACCCCUUCGACUCCGGUCCCGCUCUCGGAGCCGGAGUCGCCUAUGUGUAGAGAAGUUGCCGCAUCCGCAGACGUCGUUUCAGCGAGUUGUUGACGCAUGUUAGAGAUAUCCCCCCACCCCGCGCCCCAGCCAUUAUUAUUUUUCGUCCGGACCAUCGUCAUCACCGAAGCGGACAAGACUCACUCCAGCCAAAUGAUCUCAAUCGAAUGAACUCUUCCCCCCUCAGCCCCCUGAAGACCCCCGAAGCGGUUGUACGAGCUUCUGGUUGUUGUUGCUUUUUUUUUCUUUUUUUUUUCCUACCCGACGAUCUUCGAGUCGCGAUUGAAAACGAGGUAAGCGAGCGAGCGCGCCGAGCGGGCGGGUCAAAAGCCAGUCAUCCGAUAUCGCCGACCGUUCGGCGGCCAUUACGCGAGCGGCGACGCGGUCCAGAAGCUCGUGGCGGAAGAAAAGAAAACAAAUAACACACAAUGUUGCUAGUAACGACCGUACGAAAGAUGGAAGAUUUUUUCAGAGUAUUGAGGACGCGUAGUCGAUGAAGAGUAUAUAAAAAAAAAAAUAACACACACACACACUGGAUAUCCAUCUGGCAUUUAAAUUAUUUAUAUAAAUAUAUAUAUAUCUAUACUAUACUAGCCCUUUCCCGCGAGGCACCGAGACUGUGUAUAACGUUAUAUCAUUCACUCAUCGAAUCGUUCAAAUUAUCCCCGGCGCCGCAAAACUUCAUUGAUAACAAAACAAUACAAUACAAUACAAACAAACAAACAAACAAACAAACAAAGGACAUGUUUUAAAAACCGAUGUGCACCACGGAACACGUAACACGAGACUAGAUACGCCGCACACAGAAUCAACAAUGAACACGAGAACCUGUAAUCACGUAAAACUAUAUCGACAUAUAUAUGUAUAAUAUAUGUGUACAUGUACGUAUGUAUGUAUGUAUGUAUGUUUGUAUUUGAAACGGGAACGAAUUGUAUGUGUAUGUAUAUCAUCGAAUUGUACAUUAUAUAUAAUUAAAAGAUAAUUUUUAAAAUGUAACUGUGAUUUUUGCUUCGUCAAGAAAGAAAAAAAUGAAAAUAUGAAAAAUAGCAACUAAUUAGUUAUCGUACGGACUUUAUUGGAUCGGUAUACAUAUAUUGAUCGAGAUGUGUGAAAAAGAAAGAACAAAGAAAAAGAAAAACUUUUAACAAAAAAAAAAAAGAAAAAAAAAACUAAAACGAAGAAACGAGAAAUAUGAGUAAACUUAAUAAUUUGCAUAUAUCUAUCUAUACUAUUGAUUAUUUACUUUGAGGCUGAUUGCAAUUCGAACGUAACAAAGAAUUUAAUUGUACAUAUAUUAGAAAAAAGAAACAAAGUUGACGAAUUGAAAUAAAUGAUGAUUGAAAGAGAAAACUAAUUGAUUUCGAUGUAACUUUUUUUUAAUACAAAAACGAUAAAAUCCAUUUUACAGUUUUUUUUUUUUUCAUCUCUGGAUAAAUAUCGAUUAGAUUUUUGAUUCAACGCGAAGAGAUGGUAAACCGGUAAGAACAAGAAAAGCAGAAACAAAUUUACCGAUUGUCAUAAUUUUAACAAUAAAAAAAAAUAUGUAAAAAGCCUCGUUCGGCGUUCAAAAACUCUGUAUCUAGCAAUUAGAAAAAUAUGAUGUCUGUGAUUAUAAUAAGGAUAGAGACAAUAUAAGCAAUCUCCAUACAUGUAUGUAUCGACCUAAUAAUAUAAUAUAUAGAAGUAUAUAUAUAUAAAAGAUAUAUAUAUAUAUUUAUAUUGCAAGCACGUAGUGAUUUUCAAUGAAUAAUAAUAACGUUCAUUGCAAUUGCACAUGAUUAAUAUUCCUUCCCAAAAAAAUUUUCGCGCGAUUUCAAAACAAAAUAACAAACAAACAAGAGUAACAAACCAGACAGAAAAAAAAAAGAAAAAACGAAAAAGAAUUACUGCAAACAUAAUACGUAUAAUUAUAACCGAUAUCUGCAAUUAUUGUACCGCUGCACUGAAAACUUAUUCCUAUACAAUUACAGUAAUAAUAAUAAUAAUAACAAUAAUAAUGAUGAUGAUAAUAAUAAUUUCUUGACGAUUUCACUCACGUAAAUAAUAAAUUAUAUCAUGUACUGCGUAAAAUAAUAUUGAACUCUUUUGCACCAGAUAUAAUAAUUCCACACGUUCAAGUAACAUACAAAAGACGAGAAAAAUGAAAAAAAAAAAGAACAGAAGGAAGAAAGUAAAAUUUGCAAAAUUUCGAAAACGAACGCCGAACGCGGUGUUUUAUUACUCAGUGUUGAUAUUUGAUAAAAUAUUUCCAGAAAUUAAAUUAAAAAGAGGAAAAAGUCGAAAGAAUAACCUUGACGAUUCGCAAUGUAUAAUAUCAAGAGAAAAAAACACAGUUAUUAAACGAAAAAAUAAAAGAAGAAAAAGCAAAAAAAAACGCAUCUUAUGUACACAUGUAUUUGAAAAAGAACACAUGUAUAUAUUUGCAUGACGAAGUUAACUAUGAUCGAUUAUGAAGGAAAAAAAUAUUUCUUCUAAAUCCUUGUCAGUAAAAAAAGCAACGAAGAUCGGAAUCUGUCGGAUAAAUUUUAGUUUUUUUCCACUUUCUAGGAAGUCGAAUACCGCGAUACUCCAGAAAACGUGAUCAGGAAGAGCCGGAUAAAACAGUUUAGAAAAAAUGAGGAAAUUUUAAACUAAACAUUCGCAUAUAUACGGUUAUUAACAUACUCGAUGUACGUGAAUCAAAUGUAAUUUAUAUACAUAUGUAUAUAUAUGUGUAAACGGUGCAUAUAUGUAUACAUACAACAGCAACAAUAAUAAUUGAAGUAAUUGAAAAUAAUUGAGAAAUAUGUUAGGAUAUGUGUUUGGUGAUAUAUAUAUAUAUAAAAUACAUAAUAUACCUACACGUUACACGCAUUAUUAUACUUAUAUAUAAUAUACCGUAGAGAGACACGAGAGAAGAAAUGCAAAGGAAAAGAUCAUUGAAAAAAGCAAAAAAUUAAAUUCAAGGAGAAAAAAAUGGUGAAAGAAAAUUACGGGGAAAGGAGGGGAGGCCGGGGAGAUACGCGUUUGUAUGUUAUAUGCAAAUUAUAAUAUACUGUACUUUGUAACUAUACAUAAUAAUAGUAGAGCCCUUCAGGAAGAAUUUGUACAAAAACGGCUGGGGAUAUUGCGCCAGCAAGUCUGUGAUUUUAGCUUGGUUAUAAUUCAGUAUUUUUUUAAAAUAAAGAGGAAAUGGAAAAAAAUAACAAAAAAUAAUUAACAAAAAAGAAAAAAAAUGAAAAGAACUGUAAAAAAUGAAAAACACAAAAAUGAACAAAACGAACGAAAAGAGAGAAAAAAAAAACACGUAAUAAAAACACACACGAGAUAAAAUCAAGAAUGAAAAGGAUCAUACAACACUGCAAAACUAUAUAUAUAUAUACAGAUAUAUAUCACAAUAUAUGUGUAUAUAUGUACACACACACACCUAUGUUAAAGUAAUCGAAAAACAAAAAACCAAAAAAACAGCAAAAAUUCAGAAAAAAAAACAAACCAAGAGCAAAAACGACACAUACAAAACGAAACAAAAUUUGUAAAACGACGUGUAUAACAUUUGUGCAAAAGAAUAAAAUGUGAGAUGAAACGAUGAAAAAAAAAAAGAGUAAAAGCAAAAAUAAUUUGAAAAUGAAACAAAAAAAAAAAAAACGAAAACAAAAAUUGUAAAACAAGUGUACAGAAAAUACUACUACUACUACUACUACUAUACUACUACGAAUAUAUAUAUAUAAUAAUGAUUAUAUAAUAUAAAAGAAUUGAUCUUCGUGAUGAUAAUUGUAAAGAAAAACAAAAUACAAGAAAAUAAAAUGUAAUGAAAAAAUUAACCAAGAAAAAAUUACGUAGUUUGAAAAAGUCUUUUUUUUUUAUUCUUGAUAAAAUGAAAGAAACGUAAUAAUUUCAACAAACAUCCACGUAUCAAACGCAAACGAUUCGAUAAAGAGAGGAUAACUUAUAUUUGUACCGCGAGAUUGGGACGUACGUGAAGUGUACUUUGAAUUUUUUGAUUCUCUUUGUUUUUUGAUUCUCGUUUUCAAAUUCGUUCCGCGUAACUUCAUCUCACCGUUGAUUCUAACAGGUUCUUUGACGGUCGAGAGAAACCAUGAAAAAAAAAACAAAAAAAUGCUUAAUGAAUGAAUUAAUUUACAUCGUAAACGAUUCAAUUUUCACGUUAUUAGAGUUCGUAUUUCGUUCGUUGUUGCGUCAUUUUUGCGAGAACUCGUGAGAUUUUCAGUCGAUUUUAUUCGUGACCGAUAUCGAUAAUAAUUGUAAUAAUGAAAUUGGAAAUAUCAUUUAAUUAAUAUAUUAAACUGGAUGCAUAUACUUGUACCUACUGUCUAUGGAAAUUUGAGUGCGUAAAAGUUUUCGAAAACGAUCAAAGAAAAAUCGAAAGAAGAAAAAAAGAACUUUGCAAAUACAAAAAUGAAUUACAGCGAGUUUGGCACGUGCAGCUAUUCUCCGAUAUGGCCAACUGCGAGGAUACCUUUACUGCGAAAGUCCGCACCGAUGACGUCCUUUUAUUUUUACGUACAACAAUCAAUAUCAAGUUUUUUAUCAACGGGAUUUGUAAGUUUGACUUUUUCUUUCUCUCUCCCUUCCUCUCUCUGUUUUUUUUUUUUUAUAGUCACCUGGAUCUGCACAGCUGCGUUACGAAUCGCAUUAUCAUACAAAUCUACUCUAUAGUUCAUUUUUGUUUCGAUUUGUGAGUUUCCAUUAUUCUGAAAAGUUCUUUGUUCGUUUUCAAUUUUUCGUUUCAUCUUAUUUCCAAAGGUCUUUCGAAUCGCGACGGUAUACGUCUAAUGUGUUAUAAAUAUUUUUCAAUCGAUGAACGAUGAUUGAAAUGAAAACGAAGAAUCAUUAUGAGAAUCAAAAAUAUGAUCAAUUUGAAAAGCGUCGAUCUUAUAUCGCGAAGAGAACGGUGAGAACGAUCGAAAAAAAAACUCAAAAAAACUUGUACUCAAAAUCAAUCGUAACAUGACGGAGGUAUAUAUUUUUUCGUAUUUCUCAAUCAUAUUUAUAUAUUAAAAAAACAAAAAAAACACUGCAGCAAAAGAGAAAAUUUCAUUUCAGUUGGUUUUGUUUUUUUUUUAAGUCCGAAAUUUUCAUUCAUACAAUCGCAAUAUCCGUUCGUUGUGUAAUGUAGUAAUGUAAAAUAUGCGAUAAUUACGUCCAUUGACCGGACGUUUAUGUGUUUAUAUUUUCUUCUAGUCUUUACGAUGAACUUUGACUGCACUUCCUCCGCGAUUAACAAUUUGCAUCGUGGGAAUUUCUUUUUCUUUUUCUGUUUUUUAUUUUAGUUUAUUUAUUUUUUUUUUCAAAUGAUAUAUCGCGCUUCCCGGGACUCACGAGAGUGCAAAAUUAACGUACAUACAUUGUAUAUAUCUAAAUCUCUCAAUGACGAUCGUAUUAAUGUUAGAAUAAACAAAAAAAAAAACAAAAUUGACCACCAAAAAACUCAACAACUACAAAUUUAAUAUGCAUAUGUACGACAAACUUUACGAACUGCAUCUCAGGAUUUCCAGAUCAAAGCUUCAAAUUUCAUAAUAAUCAAUAAUUGUUCCUUAUUUCCAUAUUUUACGUUUUAUUUUGGAAAAAUUCUUUUUUCGUUUUUUCCACAUUUUCUUUACUUCUCAUUUGAACCUCGUAACGAGUGACGUCUUGCGUGCGGUGCGAUCGGAAAAGAAGGCAAGAAAAUAAAAAAAGAAACCAAACGAAGAAAAAAGGAACAGAAACAAAAAAAUAAAAAAAUGAGAGAGAUGAUCAGACGUGAUGAGAAAUUAUAAGGGGCAGAACUGCUGCAGGACUGCGACAAAAUUUUACGAUGAUAAAGAUAACGAUAAGAGAUCACGGCGAAGGGGAGGUGAGCGAAAGAAUUGACGAAAAAUGAAAAACAGAAAAAAACGAAAAAAAUUUGAAAAAAACAAAGAAAUGAUAAAAAAAAAAAUAUAUCACCAAGAGGGUGCUCGAAGCGAGGUACAGGAUCCACACCGUCGGGUCAUUGUGCAUGUGUGUCAUGCGAUUCAAAGACUGUACUAAAUCUUAUAGCGUGUAAAAGAAACGGGGAAAAAAUUGGAGAAGAAAAUUGAAACAAAAAAAAAAAAAAGAGUAAUAAUAAGAUAAAUAAUGUAUCGAGGACCAAAGGUGAACUCCUUUCCGGCGCGUCGAGUACCGCUCAAAAAGAUUUUUUUUUUUUUCUAAGGAUAUUGAAAAAGAAAAGAACAAAAAAAGUUAAAAAAAAAAACCCGAACAUACACACCAUAGGGUAUAAUAAUGAUGCACAAUCACUCGUUACAUACAAUUGAAUCAAUUGAGGAAGUGAAAAAAAAUAUAAUACAGACAUACAAUGCAAAUGAUCCGGUGAUUGACUUAAAAAAAAAAAAUAUAAGGAAAAAGAAGGAAGAGAAGAUUUGCCAGUAUUGAUUCUUUUGUAAUUUUUCGAAGGAACGUAAAAAUAAUAAAUUCAACAAAGAAAAACCAAACACUCCGUAAUGAAAUACUGUAAUACUAUAGCUGAUUAAAAGUAAAAAAGAAAAGAAUCCCAUAAAGAACCGACGACAUGUAAACCAAGAUUAGAAUCUAAGAAUGAAGAAAGAAAGAACAAAAAUAAUAAAAUCACCCACACGAGAGGAUCCCUAGAAUUUUUAGUCUUAAAUAUUAUUAUAAAAUAAUAAUAAUUAUAAUAAUAAUAAUCUCUAUGAUAUAUUGUCAAUGUAUAAUUAUAUUUAGUUGACGUAGGUUGUAAAACUUAUUGUUUCCCGCUUGUAAAUACAUACGCCGUGAGCUCGGAGAGAAAAGAAGAAAAUGGAAAAAAACAGAAAAAAAAAUUAAAAGUUAAAAUUAAAAACGAAAGCAAAGAAAAAUGAUGAAAAUAAGAGUAAGUGAUAAUGAGCUUUCUUUGUAUGAAAAGAAAAGAAAACAAAAAUG